UUGGUGCAGCAGCGGUUGGGGUGAGUGCGCUCACCCCACCCCUCCCCUCCUCAGCCAGCCGGGGCCCCCACCCCGCGGGGCCCAGCUCCAGCCCCUGCCUCUGCCGGGCCUGUCCCGUGCGGGCCCGUGCCGCCCCUCAGCCGGCGACGCCCGGGGCCGCCCGCCCGCCCGCCACCAUGGAGCUGGAGGACGGUGUGGUGUACCAGGAGGAGCCCGGAGGCUCCGGGGCCGUGAUGUCAGAGCGGGUGUCCGGCCUGGCCGGCUCCAUCUACCGCGAGUUCGAGCGGCUCAUCGGGCGCUACGACGAGGAGGUGGUCAAGGAGCUAAUGCCACUGGUGGUGGCCGUGCUGGAGAACCUGGACUCGGUGUUCGCGCAGGACCAGGAGCACCAGGUGGAGCUGGAGCUGCUGCGGGACGACAACGAGCAGCUCAUCACCCAGUACGAGCGGGAGAAGGCGCUGCGCAAGCACGCUGAGGAGAAAUUCAUUGAAUUUGAAGACUCUCAAGAACAGGAAAAAAAAGAUUUGCAGACACGAGUGGAGUCUCUAGAAUCUCAAACAAGACAACUUGAACUCAAAGCAAAAAACUAUGCUGACCAGAUUAGCAGACUUGAAGAAAGAGAAGCAGAACUGAAGAAGGAAUAUAAUGCACUCCAUCAGAGACACACUGAGAUGAUCCAUAAUUAUAUGGAACACUUAGAAAGAACCAAACUUCAUCAGCUCUCAGGGAGUGAUCAACUAGAGGCUACAGCUCAUAGUAGAAUUAGAAAAGAACGUCCUAUAUCAUUAGGGAUUUUCCCUUUACCUGCUGGAGAUGGAUUGCUUACACCUGACACUCAGAAAGGAGGCGAGACCCCAGGAUCAGAGCAAUGGAAAUUUCAGGAAUUAAGUCAACCACGUUCUCAUACCAGCCUGAAGGUCAGCCAUAGUCCUGAACCUCUGAAGGCUGUAGAACAGGAGGAUGAACUUUCUGAUAUUAGUCAAGGUGGAUCCAAAGCUACCACUCCAGCUUCAACAGCAAAUUCAGACGUGCCAGCACUUCCUCCUGACACUCCCUCAAAAGAAGAUAAUGAAGGAUUUGUAAAAGGCACAGAUACACCAAAUAAGUCAGAGAUAAGCAAACACAUAGAAGUACAGGUUGCCCAAGAGACUAGGAAUGUGUCUACAGACUCUGCUGAAAAUGAAGAGAAAUCAGAAGUCCAAGCAAUCAUUGAAUCCACUCCUGAAUUGGAUAUGGACAAAGACCUCAGUGGAUAUAAAGGCUCAAGCACUCCCACCAGAGGCAUAGAGAACAAAGCUUUUGAUCGCAAUACAGAAUCUCUCUUUGAAGAACUGUCUUCAGCUGGCUCAGGCCUCAUUGGAGAUGUGGAUGAAGGAGCAGAUUUACUAGGAAUGGGUCGUGAAGUGGAGAAUCUCAUAUUAGAGAACACACAGCUGCUGGAGACCAAAAAUGCUUUGAAUGUUGUGAAGAAUGAUUUAAUAGCAAAAGUGGAUGAGCUGACCUGUGAGAAAGAUGUGCUGCAGGGAGAGUUAGAAGCCGUGAAACAAGCCAAGAUGAAACUGGAGGAAAAGAACAAAGAACUGGAGGAGGAACUCAGGAAAGCUCGUGCAGAAGCUGAAGAUGCAAGGCAAAAAGCAAAAGACGAUGAUGAUAGUGACAUUCCCACAGCCCAGAGGAAGCGGUUUACCAGAGUAGAAAUGGCCCGAGUUCUCAUGGAGAGAAACCAAUACAAAGAGAGGCUGAUGGAGCUUCAAGAGGCUGUUCGGUGGACAGAGAUGAUUCGGGCAUCACGAGAAAAUCCAGCCAUGCAAGAAAAAAAGAGGUCAAGCAUCUGGCAGUUUUUCAGCAGACUUUUUAGCUCUUCAAGUAAUGCGACAAAGAAGCCUGAACCCCCUGUGAAUCUGAAGUACAAUGCACCCACCUCUCAUGUGACUCCGUCCGUGAAGAAAAGGAGCAGCACCUUAUCUCAACUACCUGGUGAUAAAUCCAAGGCAUUUGAUUUCCUUAGCGAGGAAACUGAGGCUAGUUUAGCCUCCCGCAGAGAACAAAAGAGAGAGCAGUAUCGACAGGUAAAGGCUCACGUUCAGAAGGAAGAUGGUCGAGUACAAGCUUUUGGCUGGAGUCUGCCUCAGAAGUACAAACAGGCAGCCAAUGGUCAAGGGGAAAAUAAGAUGAAAAAUUUACCCGUGCCUGUCUAUCUCAGACCACUAGAUGAAAAAGAUGCGUCUAUGAAGCUGUGGUGUGCUGUAGGAGUCAAUUUGUCUGGUGGCAAGACAAGAGAUGGUGGUUCUGUUGUUGGAGCAAGUGUGUUCUACAAGGAUGUUGCUGGUCUAGACACUGAAGGCAGUAAACAGCGGAGUGCAUCUCAGAGUAGUUUAGAUAAGCUGGAUCAAGAACUCAAGGAACAGCAGAAAGAAUUUAAAAAUCAAGAGGAAUUGUCCAGUCAAGUCUGGAUCUGUACCAGCACCCAUUCAGCUACGAAGGUUAUCAUCAUUGAUGCCGUUCAGCCUGGCAACAUCCUAGAUAGUUUCACUGUUUGCAAUUCUCAUGUUCUGUGCAUUGCCAGUGUCCCAGGAGCUCGGGAAACAGACUACCCUGCAGGAGAAGAGCUUUCUGAAUCUGGUCAAGUAGACAAAGCAUCUUUGUGUGGAAGUAUGACAAGCAACAGCUCCGCCGAGAUGGACAGCUUGCUGGGAGGCAUCACAGUUGUUGGGUGCUCCACAGAAGGAGGGGCAGGGACUGCCACUUCCCCCAGUACCAACGGUGCUUCUCCAGUGAUAGAAAAGCCAUCAGAAAUGGAAGCUGAAAAUAGUGAGGUUGAUGAAAAUGUUCCGACAGCAGAAGAAGCAACUGAAGCCACAGAGGGCAAUGCAGGGUCCACUGAAGAUACUGUGGACAUCUCGCAGCCUGGCGUGUACACAGAGCAUGUGUUUACAGAUCCUCUGGGGGUUCAGAUCCCAGAAGACCUCUCCCCGGUGUUUCAGUCAAGCAGUGACUCAGAUGUGUACAGAGAUCAAGUAUCAAUGUUGCCAAAUGAACAAGACUUGGCUAGAGAAGAAGCUCAGAAAAUGAGCAGUCUUUUACCAACCAUGUGGCUUGGAGCUCAGAAUGGCUGUUUGUAUGUCCAUUCAUCUGUAGCCCAAUGGAAGAAAUGUCUCCAUUCCAUUAAGCUCAAAGACUCAAUUCUCAGUAUUGUGCACGUUAAAGGAAUUGUGCUAGUGGCCUUGGCUGAUGGCACCCUUGCCAUCUUCCAUAGAGGAGUUGAUGGACAGUGGGACUUGUCAAACUAUCACCUUUUAGACCUUGGACGUCCUCAUCAUUCCAUACGAUGUAUGACUGUAGUACAUGACAAAGUCUGGUGUGGCUAUAGGAACAAGAUCUAUGUGGUUCAACCAAAGGCUAUGAAGAUAGAGAAAUCAUUUGAUGCACACCCCAGGAAGGAGAGCCAAGUACGGCAGCUUGCAUGGGUGGGUGAUGGCGUGUGGGUCUCCAUUCGUUUGGAUUCCACACUCCGCCUCUAUCAUGCACACACAUACCAACAUCUCCAGGAUGUGGACAUUGAACCUUAUGUAAGCAAAAUGUUAGGUACUGGAAAACUGGGCUUCUCUUUUGUAAGAAUAACAGCCCUUAUGGUGUCUUGCAAUCGUUUGUGGGUGGGGACAGGAAACGGUGUCAUUAUCUCCAUCCCAUUGACAGAAACGGUAAUCCUCCACCAGGGACGUUUACUGGGGCUGAGGGCAAAUAAAACCUCAGGGACUCCAGGUAAUCGCCCUGGAAGUGUAAUCCGUGUAUAUGGUGAUGAAAACAGUGAUAAAGUAACCCCAGGGACAUUCAUACCCUACUGUUCAAUGGCACAUGCACAGCUUUGUUUCCAUGGGCACCGGGAUGCUGUGAAAUUCUUUGUGGCAGUUCCAGGUCAAGUCAUUAGCCCACAAAGUAGCGGAAGUGGAACAGAACUAACACCUGACAAGCCAGGGUCAUCUGCACAGGAGCCCAGUAGCCAGACGCCCUUGAAGUCUAUGCUUGUCAUCAGUGGAGGAGAAGGCUACAUUGACUUCCGGAUGGGUGAUGAAGGUGGAGAAUCUGAACUACUUGGAGAGGAUCUUCCACUGGAACCUUCGGUCACCAAAGCAGAAAGGAGUCACCUAAUAGUGUGGCAAGUGAUGUGUGGCAACGAGUGAGCCUAUGAGAGGCCAGUGGAGAUGAGGAGCUGCCUCUUCUGCAUGGUUUAUUUUUUCUUUCCCUUUACUUAAUGCUCUUUUUGUGAAAGACGUUUCACCACACAAUAUGUGAGCAUUUUUCCCUGUUACCUUAUAUUGCAAAAUCUGUCCUAUGUUAACAAUACAGAGGAGCGAGCUAGUUUACUGCACCAGUGUUAAUGGGAAAUUUCAGUAUAUCAUGAACAAAUCAAGGAAUGUUUACUUUCUGCAAACUGGUGAAUUACAGGAAGCAAUCCAGAUGUGGUUUGCUCUGCCACAGUCUAAUGUCACUCACUUAAUUGAUGAGGUCAUGUUUUAGCUGUCACUAAUAAUGGAACUAAUGGAAAAGACUUAAUAAAUGAAACUGUACCAGUAAGUACAAUAGAGUUUUCCCCAGUGUAUUAUAGAAUUGACACACUAAUAACAGAUGGAAUAUCAGGAUUCCUCUAAAUGUCCCAAGAGGGCUAAGAGCUAAGUGUAAAUUACUUUCACUUUCAAUUCUGACAAAUCUUGUUUAUAUGGUAUAUAAAACUUUGUUUUCAUCAGAUUUGGGGGGUUUUAUAUUAAAGAAAUUAAGGCUACACUAUUUAAAUAAAAUUUCUUGUUCCUGUCUCGUUAGAACUCUAAAGUUUAUGAAGCCUGCUUCUCUGAAUAUUGUCAUUUUUUUUAGACUAAUUUCACCCAUUUUCAUACUGACAUUUAAGAAAUGUAUUAUCUGAAGCUUAGGAAAUAUUCUGGGAAGUGUGGAGGACACUUCAAUACUGGAAGGAUGUUCUAAAAGGAAACUGUGUUUUGUAUUCCUUGUCUUAGAGGAUGGUGGUAAUUGAUUUCACUUUUUUCCAUGGAAAAAAAAAUGUACAUGUUAGCUUAAAUGUUCCUAGGCUGCUCUUAACCUGUUAAGGAGGGGACACUGUGGUGGCUGUGGAUUCAGCCCAAUUAGCUGAAUGCAGAAUGAUUAGGAAAGUUGAUUUCUUUUGUUCUGUGUUAAAUUAUCAGACACCUAAUGCUCGCUUGGUAUAAAAUAAUGCUUCAGCAAUUGUACCCUGCUUAAAAUGCCAUCUCCAAGGGAAGUGCUGGUGGAAGCCAGCAAAGUCAGCAUUAGUCUUUCCAUUCACAAAAUCCAUUUGAAAAAGUAGGUUCAAAUCUAGCUUUAACUGAUAACCUUAUGCAUUUUCAAAAACGAUGCCAUAGGGUUUUUUUUUUCCUCAAGCUUUCUGAAAAUGUAUGAUUUACCAUUUCUUACCCACUGCUGUAAGCAAAGUUAAACAUAAUUUUAAGUGCUAUUUUAAAAAUUAAAACAUAUAGGAAACAGAUCCUCUGGUCAUUGGAAGGAAGGACCACUUCAUAGACAAGAAAUCAAACACAGAUUUCUAGUUGUCUAAGCAUUCUUAGCAUACCAGGAUCACCCCCCACUUGUGAUACAAAAUUAUCUGUAAAAAGUAUACCAGUGAUUUUUUUUUUUUUUUUUUGUGCAUAUACAUGAUUAGGCUAGAUCCUAAAACACAUGGGACCUAAUGAGCAUGGGAGGCUUUUGUAUUUAAAGCACAUUGGGCACACUCUAAAAUGUGGCCCCUGUAUGUUUUAAGAGAAAAACACCUGUUUUGAUAAAGCAUAUUAUAUUAUCAUAGAGGAUAAUAUUUUGUUUGAUCUACUUAUUCAUUUUUCUUCAGAGCAGAUCGCUUUUCCAUAGCUUGUUCGCUAUGUCUUUAUUUUAAAUCUGAGUUACUUGGGGCAAAUACUUUUUAAAAAGCAUUAACAUUUAUUAAAAUGUUGUAUAAAUUCCUAAGGAGACACCAAAGUUGGGGAAUUUUAAUCCCAAGAAAUGUCCUAGAGUCAGACCCCUUCAUCAUUGUUCAGAAGCUCUUUACCUGUUUGUGUGGUCCAGAGUAACUCAGGAAAUCAGAAGCUAAAGAAGACACAUGCAUUUGUGUUACCCUGAUUAUAACUGUUCCUUUGAAACUUAGUGACGUUGACUUCAUGCGCAGACUGUCGAUGCAUGUUGAUUUUAGCUCAAGAUCCCAAAUUGCUGUGGCCCUGUGAACUAAUUUCAAGGAACAGAGAAAGCAGAUACAUCUGUACAGAUUGUUUUAAGGGCUGGGCUUACAUUUGUAAUUCUGCUUCUUACUCUCUACUCCAUAACAUAUAUUCUUGUGAUGCUUAUUUUGGCCAAGGGGGUAAUCUUUGGAAGAAAUGCCAGAAUAUAAAAUGGUUACAAACAGUAAAAGGGUCUAAAAUGUCAUAGUCACCACAAGGCAGAGGAGGCUUGAGUGCCUCUGGGCAGUCUCCCAUGCAAAAAAAAAAAAACAAAACAAACAAACAAAAAACCUGACUUUUAGAGGAAGAAGGCAGAGCACUGAGAGUUCUUGUUUUGUUACAUCUGGAUUAUACACGAGACUGAAACAUACGAAAUUACCAAUGUACAGCCAUUGUUGGUCUAUAAAAACAGCAGCAUUGCAUGUUUCAAUGUGCUAGGAAGUGCAGGUUAAAAUCUCUGUGAGCCAAAAGGAGACUUUUCUAGAACUCAGUUUUGAGAAUGUCUUUCUCUUAACUCAUAUAGAGCCAAACUGGAAAAUAGUAUGUAUCUAUUAGAAGUUGCAGCUUGCUGGGAGUGAAAAGCAUUUCAGCACAGAGUGUGCAGCGCAUCACUACUCAGAUGGAAUGUGUUUGCUGUGGAAAGGUUAAAAUGCACUCUCAGUUGCAUUGUUCUUUCUUGUGAAGCUAAGAAGAGACCACUUAACUUUCAGCCUUCAUAACAGAACAAAAUGCCUCAUACUAAAAAGAAUGUGUGUCUUGAAAAUGCCAUGGAAAUGGAUAUUUAUUUCCUAGUAAGUAUUAUGACUAUUACCAAAGGACUCAACCAGAUUUAGGGUUCUUAAUUGAUCAUGUUGGGAAAGGGGCUGACUGCGUCCCACUUUAUAAGAUGGGAAGAGAAGGAAAUAAAUGUUGAAAUCAUAAAUGCUUUUCUAACAGGGUUGUGCUAUUCUGUAACACUAAUUGUCUUUUUCUUUCUCUAAAAAAAUGAAGUUUUAUUAAUGAUUUUGUCACAUUAUUUCUCGAUAUUUGAAUAUGUUUUAACUGUUUAUGUCCUAAAUUUGUUUUUGUCCUAGACAGCCAGAGCUCCCCUUGCCUCAUGGCCUGGGCUCUUGAGCGUCCCUCUUGUCUCUUAGGCGCUUUGUUUCUAUGCGCAAAAGCUCAGUUAGCAGUACAGUUAGCUCAGUAUUUAUUUCUACUAUGGAAUCCCUGGGGUUCGGAAUGUAACUUUGUACAUGAAAUAUAUAUAAAUAUGUAUAUGAAA